AUGGCCGAGAAGAAGCAGGCGGCCAAGCCCGGCGGCGAGGAGGAGGAGGAAGUCCCAGCCUUCUUCAAAAACCUGGGCUCUGGCAGCCCCAAGCCCCGGCAGAAAUUCUGUGGCAUGUUCUGCCCGGUGGAAGGCUCCUUGGAGAACAAGACCAUCGACUUCGACUCCCUCUCCAGCGGACGCGGCUCUCCCACCGGCAAGAUCGUGGCCAAGCAGCGGGACGUAGCUCACCUCGGACCCGACGCGCCCUCCUCGUGGCAAGGCAGGAAGGUGGAGAUCCGGAGAACGACCGGCAAGGAGGCUUUGCAGAACCUGAACGACAAGAGUGAUCGCCUUUUGAUCAAAGGAGGCAAAAUAGUCAACGAUGACCAGUCCUUCUAUGCAGACAUUUAUAUGGAAGAUGGGUUGAUAAAACAAAUAGGGGAGAACCUUAUUGUGCCAGGAGGGGUAAAAACCAUCGAGGCUCAUGGACGAAUGGUGAUCCCUGGAGGAAUUGAUGUCCACUCCCGUUUCCAAAUGCCUGACCAAGGAAUGACCUCUGCUGAUGACUUCUUCCAAGGAACAAGAGCAGCCCUGGCUGGAGGCACCACUAUGAUCAUUGAUCACGUUGUUCCCGAGCCUGGCACCAGUUUGAUUUCUGCAUUUGAUCAGUGGCGAGAAUGGGCUGACAGCAAGUCCUGCUGUGAUUAUUCUUUGCAUGUGGACAUCAUAGAGUGGCACAAAGGAGUUCAAGAGGAGAUGGAAGCCCUGGUUAAGGACCACGGAGUCAAUUCCUUCUUGGUGUAUAUGGCUUUCAAGGACCAUUUUCAGCUAACAGAUUCUCAGAUUUAUGAGGUCCUGAGUGUAAUCCGUGACAUUGGUGCAAUAGCUCAAGUCCAUGCUGAGAAUGGUGACAUCAUAGCAGAGGAGCAGCAAAGGAUCUUGGAACUGGGGAUCACUGGCCCUGAAGGGCACGUUUUGAGCAGGCCUGAAGAAGUGGAGGCUGAAGCUGUGAACAGGGCUAUAACCAUCGCCAACCAAACCAACUGCCCCUUAUACAUCACCAAAGUGAUGAGUAAAAGUGCCGCCGAAGUGAUUGCCUUGGCCAGGAAGAAGGGCACUGUGGUGUACGGUGAGCCCAUUGCAGCAAGCUUGGGCACCGACGGAUCUCAUUACUGGAGUAAAAACUGGGCCAAAGCAGCUGCUUUUGUCACUGCUCCACCACUGAGUCCUGACCCAACUACUCCGGACUUCCUCAAUUCUCUGCUCUCCUGUGGAGAUCUCCAGGUUACUGGCAGUGGCCACUGUACUUUCAAUACUGCCCAGAAAGCUGUUGGGAAGGACAAUUUCACUUUGAUCCCGCAAGGAACAAAUGGAACUGAGGAACGGAUGUCCAUCAUCUGGGAUAAAGCCGUGGUUACUGGCAAAAUGGACGAGAACCAAUUUGUUGCUGUCACCAGCACCACAGCAGCCAAGAUCUUCAACCUGUACCCACGGAAGGGGCGCAUUGCAGUGGGAUCUGAUGCUGAUCUGGUGAUCUGGGAUCCUGACAGCGUCAAGACGAUCUCAGCCAAGACGCAUAACAUUAAUGUGGAGUAUAAUAUCUUUGAAGGUAUGGAGUGUCGUGGGUCUCCUUUAGUGGUUAUCAGCCAAGGAAAAAUUGUACUGGAGGAUGGUAAUCUCCACGUAACUGAGGGGUCUGGCCGAUACAUUCCUAGGAAACCUUUCCCUGACUUCGUUUACAAACGUAUCAAAGCAAGAAGCAGGCUGGCUGAAUUGAGGGGUGUCCCACGCGGUUUGUACGAUGGCCCUGUUUGUGAAGUGUCGGUGACACCAAAAACGGUCACGCCAGCUUCCUCCGCCAAGACUUCCCCAGCAAAACAGCAGGCUCCCCCUGUGAGGAAUUUGCACCAGUCUGGAUUUAGCUUGUCGGGUGCGCAAAUCGACGAUAAUAUCCCACGGCGUACUACGCAGCGCAUAGUUGCACCCCCUGGGGGCCGCGCCAACAUCACCAGCUUGGGUUAAAAACGACAUCAGGGGAGCAAAAGUCCACUUGGAGAUGGUGGGUGGGGGCACUUGAAAAGACCUUUUUUAAAUUCUUUUAGAGCCUGUGAUGGUUACUGUGGAUAAGCAGUGGAUGAGGCCAUAGUCUCUCUCUCUCUCUCUCUGUCUCUCUCUCUCUCUCUCCCUCCCCUUUCCUUUUAUUGUUAACCAUUUCCCUCCCCCAUCUCUUCACAAAACCUCCUCACUUCUCCCUUCCUCCACACUCCCACCCCGCUUUCUGCUUUUAAAAGAGAUAAACAUUGACGUGUAGAACUUGUAGUUGGCGUGACCAUGAGCAUCAUCCUUUCUUUGCUUUGCCUCUUUUAUUUUUAUUUUUAAUUUUCUUUUAAAAGGAAGGAUAAAGUGAAUUUCCCGUGAGCUGCCUCUCCCCCCGCCGCCAAUCCCUCAUCUAUUAAGGUUGGGUUUUCAAUUCUGCAAAAGAGAAAUGAAGGGUUUAAACUGGACGUUUCCAAAACUGGAGUCACCAAUCAUGGGACUUAGAACGUGGGAGAUCCAAACCCAUGGAUGGCCUUCUUUCCAUUUGGAGGGAGGAAGAUUUUGUGCUGCUAGGUCAAGGUGUAAUUGUGGAGUGGAGAGUGUAUCCCAUCUUAUUUUGAUAUUUAAUACCUUUAUUCCACACUUGAAGCAAUUGAAGGAUUCUUCGUUUUCUUCUUUAUAUGUAUGUAUGUAUACGCAUAUGAUUAUGGACUUGUUCCUGCCUGUUGCAUUGUUUGAGAUGCCUUAUUUUAGGAUGGAGAGAAUCUUUCCAUUUUCUUAUUUUCUUUGAGUUUAGGGUCUCCAUAGCUCCACCAUAUUCUGAUCAGUUCUUGCAUCAACCCAACCUUGAAUUUUGCCAUCCAAAUGAUAGUCUUUCAGGGAUUCUCCAAUGUGUUCUUUUGAGUUUUGGAAUCUAAAGUAUACCUUCUAAAAGACAUCCUCCACUGUAUUUUCCCUAAAAUUACCUGAUUGUCUAUAAAGUGGACCCUCCCUUGUUUAAACUCUUCCAUCUCUAGUGGAAGUAGGUUCUUAUAAAACCCAAGCCACAGACUCUUCGAGGGAUUUGGAGCUCAGACAAGGGAACUGGCCAGGGAGCAUCUUCUAAAUUACUUCCUGCACUUUAAAAAAGUGCAUUUUAUUGAAAAAAGAAGGCAUCCAUCCAUUCUUGACACUAUCUCAAAAUAAGAGGGCCAGCUGUGGAGUUUGACUGUGACCAUGGCUUGCUGCUUCUUAUAUUCUAACAACACAGUUGUUUCAUAGCUGGGACUCUUACGUCUACUACAGUAUCGCCCUUCAGGAGCUCAGUCUUUCUACUAAUAGUACUAUUCCUAUGGGUAAACUGCCUAGAGAGUGUUGUGAAGUGCUAUGGAGCAGGAUAUAAGCCUAAAUGUUAUUGCUAGUGUAGUCUUAAGAGAGAUGGGUCUUGACUGAAUGAAAACUGAGAUAUGGGAGAGACAUGUAGGUCUGAUUGCUGGAAUGCCUUGGUGCAAGAAAAAGAAAAUGGAUGGAACCCGGUGUGGCAAAUAGAAAUCCUUGCUGUUUUUUGAUCGCAAUGUAUCUGGAUUAGCUUUGGAGUUAGGGUUGUGGUACCUUUUGCGUGGAACAGCGGUUCUGUGCUUGAAGGUUUGAGGGAGCCAGUGCCUGAAUCAAACCAUGCACCCUUUGGAAUGUUUUGGUCCACCUGUGGAAUGAAAUAGAGAUGUUCUGAUCUGCAUACAGAACAAAUUGUAAUUUCUUUGGCCUGGAUGCAAGUGAUGUUGAUGGGCCUUCAGAAGAAGUUAAGGGGUUUGUCACCCCAGGGUAGUAAAGGAAGGAUGGCAGUGGACAUAAUGAGGAAGCUGAGGCGAUGCUCCUUGCUAGACAUGGAGGACAGCUGAGGUGAGAGACAGAAGUCUCUGGGAAGACGAGCCAGUGGACUAUAUUACUCAGAACUGCUGUGGGGAGAGAAUAGGUACAAUCUUGCUCAUCUAAUUUUUCCUUGGUUCAAAACACAGAAUAACUAAAGCAUUGAACUUUUAGGUUUUCUUGACCUGGAGAGGUUCUAAAACUCUGCAUUGUUUGGGGUUGAAAAAUAAAAUGCUUCUACUUUGGGCAGGCAUACACUUGGCACCGACUCUAAACUGCAGUGUCCAGUCACUGAUCUUUAAAUCCCUUGUGCUAACAGAAGGCAGUAUAUUCCUAACAAGCUAACAGCACUGCCAACUUCCCCUGAUUCAUCCUUCUUUUAAAUAUAUGUGCAAAGGCCUGAAUGUGGGUGGAUUAGAAGUGUUCAUCUAAGUGCACAGAGGCCUCUUAAUUCAUAUUUAUUAUUGGUCCAGUGAAGUGGAUGCUCCUCUUGUUCCGAUCCCAUGAUAGAAUCCAAAUCUGCAUAUUGCAUAAAUUUUGCAAGUUCCAAUUGUAUGUAGCCCAUACAGGAACUGGCAUAAUUCACAAUCUUUACCUGCUCCGAACCGCUUCCAUUAAACCUUCUAGGACAGGGGUUGGCAACUUUAAAUACUCAAAAGAGCCACAAAGAUCCUAAUUGGAAGCCCCCUGUUCAAUUCUGGAGCCGACUGAAGUCCGCUUCCGCCACCAUAGAGUCUCCUCCUGGUGCAGCAUCCUUUUUCCUCUACCUGUCCUAGCCGAAAGCCCUAUCAAUUGUGGAGCCGAUCAGCAAUGGAGCCACAGCAGAGGGAUGAAAGAACUGCAUGCGGCUCUAGAGCUGCAGGUUGCUCACUCUUCUUCUAGGAGGUUAACAUGCGAAGACUUUAGAAUCUCCCUUUUCUUUCCCAACCUUGUUGGGUUGGUUGAGUCAUUAUUUGGUCACAUCCUUCCUUUACUGGUUACUUCUUCCUUUUUUUAAAUAGCAGUCUUGGUGUACACGUAUGGGAUUAAUUUGUGCCUUUACUUAAUCUUGGAUGCAGGUCUUGGAAGGGUUUUUUUUUAGCCCCAUUCUUAAAUCCGGUCGACUGCUAAAACAAGAUUUUAAGUUUCUACUUUCCCUAAGCUAGACCAGAAGCCCCUUGAAACCUAAGAAGAUGAAGGAUAUGAUUGCAUUCAAGGCCAAAUAUGCUAAGAUUUUUACCCAGCACGUAUUUUACACAAUGAAAUAUUAAGAUUCCCAGAUACUCCCUCAUUAAUAGGUCAUGAAGUCCUUUUUCCUCUAACUUAAGAUCAGAAGUGGCCCAGUCCAACGUGCCAUUGUUCCUGUCACCACUUCCGUGCCAUAGACCAAGCAGAGCAUGGCAUUUCUUCCCAGUUCCUGAGUUGAUAUCCACAGAUGUAGUCAACUUUACUGGUCUCUUCUGGAUCUCUGAACUGUAUAUUUUUUCAGCUUGUCAGUACGGACUGGGCUCACCUCUGUACCACCGUAUUUACUGGAACACGUGUGAAGCCUACAGUACAUCUGUUUGUAGAUUCCCAAUGUUCUGGUAACUGUGGAGCAGUGGGGGCUGUGCAUAAUCCACCCUGUUUGUGUUCCCCUUCCAUACAUUCAGCCAUAUGAAGAUAAUCCCAAGGACACUUCCUAUCUUUGGUCUACAGUCACCAAUGCUCAGGCCCGAGUGGGAAAAAAACUGCCAUUUGGAUGCUGAAAUGUAUGGUGUGAUAGGUGUGAAGUUUGAAGUUAACCUGCCCUUUUUCCUUUUUGUUCGUGCUGUUACGGGCAAUGAAUUCCAGACCAUUUCAAAUGGAUUUCUUAAUUUUUUUUAAUUUACUUACGAGAUUGCACUUUUAUUAAGAAAAUAUUUAGUAAGUGUAAUAUAUAUAUAUGUGUUCAGCUAUUUUUAAUGUUAUUUUUUUCAUUUGUGCUUUAAUAAUGAAUUUAAGCAUUUUUUAGAAAAAUGGGAGAACCAUUCUUUUGUAAAAAAAAAAAAAACAACCUCCAAACAACCGUGUUUGUUUCAGUUGUAUGGAAUGAAUGCAGCUCUCUGCUAUUCACUUGAGUCUUCCUUCUCCCUCUCUCUCUCUCUCUCUCUCUGUCUCUCUCCCCCCUCCAUGUUCAUAAUCGUUGUUUUGCUUUGUGCUUUGAGAUGGGGAAUAGAAAAAGUUUUUUAAAAAGUGCAGGCUAUGUAAGCAUGUUGUUUCCUGUGGGAGCUCACUCGCUCCGUGUGUCUGUUUUUAAUGACUGUCCUAUGUAAAUGCAUAAAAAAAAAUGACACUGAAUAUGGAAUUAAUUUACCGCAGUGACUUGAUGCUCUAAAAGAAGAGAAAAAUCAUAAUUGCAGAUAAUUAAACUAUGUAGAAUUUAAUACUAGCUGGAUUUUACACCUUGGAUUUUGUGCUUGUGAACAUGAGUGAAGGAGCUGUAAGUGCUAAGAUGAUCAUGUGUGUAGACAAACAAAACAAACAAA